UGUUCUGCAAACGAACCUGGCUAAAGCCCAGCUCAAAGUCCACUCACAUAGCCCGGAUCAAGAACCAGACGCCGGCGACCAUGGCGGAGGCUCUCCUCCCCGGCCUCCCCGACGAGAUCGUCAUCUGGGAGAUCCUCGUCCGCCUGCCCCCCAAAUCCCUCCUCCGCUGCCGGGCCGUCUGCCGCGCGUGGCGCCGCACCACCUCCACCCGCGCCUUCCUCCUGGCACACCACGGCCGGCAGCCCUCCCUCCCCGUCGUCUGCGGAUUCGACGGGUACAACCAAUCCAUCCUCGCCUUCGACCACCGAGCCGCCGCCGACGCCUGGCUCCGACCUGUCGCCCGGCUCGACGGCGAGAGGUUCUUCUGCCUACAAGCCUCCUGCGACGGCCUCCUCGUCUUCUCCGCGACCACCGCGGCCUGGCGCCCCUGCCUCGCGGUCUGCAACCCGGCGACCCGCCAGAGCGCUCUCCUCCGGCACCCGCGGGACGCCAGCCUAUUCGGUGUGCUGGGCAUGUACCUGCACCGCCCUUCCGGCGAGUACCGGCUGCUGCUGCACCGGACGAGCGGCAGGCCGGCCAUUCUCGGACACGAUCCGCUGCCCGAGCGCAGAACCGGCUGCUACGUCUCCGCGUUGGGCUCCGACCAGCCACCAAGGUACAUUGGGGGACCGGCGGCGGCAGCAUCCGCAUUGGGCUUCUACACGCCUGCUCUUGUCCGAGAUUGCUUGCAUUGGUCUCCGGUGGGCAGCUGCAAAGUAGUAACUGUAUUCGACACUGCAGCUGAGUCGUUCCGGCAGAUGCGUGCUCCAAUUGCUCCCACCAAGCUAUCUAUCUUUCAGUUGGAUGGCAAGCUUGGCAUCUAUAGCAACGACAAUGCCACGAAAGCUGUUGAUGUAUGGGUGUUGCCGAACUACGAAGGCGAGGUGUGGGAGCACAAGUACCGAGUCGAAUUGCCGGCCGCGGAAAUCAGGGGGCAGUUUGGAGGGAGGGGAGGCCGAUUGAAUGUGAGCGUUGUGUCGGCGGGUGACGCCGUCCUCUUGCUGCUCAUCUGUGGCCAGUGGCUGUUCUACGUUGACGUUGAUGGCGUACUGGUUGACAGUUUCAGUUGUGAUGGCCAGAAGUUAUAUGCGUGUGGACUUGCACUGAAACAGACUCUUGUUCCUCAUGCCUUCUUCACGGCACUGGAAGAUUAUACUGUGAAUGCUUCGCCUUUCAUCUGAUGGCUGUUGGGUGAGGACAGUACUAGGCAUGUUGUGUGGCAGUAAGUUGAGUUCACUCUGAUCAUUACCUUCACAAUGUAUGAGUAAGUUGUAAAAGCAAGUUUCCCUCAAAAAAAAAUUAUAACAGAAAGUUCAUAUGUGUGAUCUGAAACUAGUGAUUGGGAAGACUCUUCACCUGAAACUAUUUGGUGUGGUGUGUCAUUGUAAGGCAAAAGUAAGCAGAGAAAUAAGAGUAGUGGUUGGAACAUAGACCAGUGGGUGAGAACAGCAGGUGAUCCAAGGAAUGGCAAUAGCAUUUACAGCGACCAGUUCUCUCUGUGCAUCUAUAAAUUCUUCACCUCGAAGAACCGUCAGCAGCCAAGUCCUACCGCUGAGGGACCUGGGUGCAAUUUCGCUAUGAGGAAAGUGUUCUGCAAGAAAAUCUCCCUGUGCAAGUGGUAUGAUUCCCGAUGCCACUUAAUCCUAGCAUAUAUUCUAGUUUACCGAUGAGACUACAGACUAGCACAUAGCUACCAUGGCAACGUUUUGUGUUCAAACGAAAAGUUGAGCUAUGUUAUUUGUGACUCUGUGGUCUAUAUAUGGUGGACUCAUGCAUACACUUUAUAUGCCUGACUGAUACUGAUCGUCCCUCGUGAGUCCUAUCAUAUGGUAUCCGCAUUUGAUUUUAUGUACUUGUUGCAAGCAGAUUCCAUGUGUUUAUUUAUAGUUUCAGUACAUUUGAUUCAGUAGUUCCAACUAUCCCUCUAUCAACGAUCAGGCUUUAUGCAUAGCCGUAACUAACACCACACUAGAGAAGGAUCAUGUUCUGGCUGAGUUCUUUUGAAGUUGUGAUUAGCGUUAAGCAGGAGCUUCCUUUUGCGGGAUGGAUCUGUGUGGGCCUGGAUUUCCGGGUGGCCCUGGCUCUUGGGGGCUGGGUUCGGUGGCUUCUUCGGGUCCUGCUUCUACCUCCUCUGCUGCUGUUGCCUGCUCCAGCCUCCAAGAUUGUUGUGGCCCGUUCUUCAGGCACCAACGCCCAGGCAGCCCACCACCACCCUUCUGACAGAAUGCCGAACAGAUAGUACACUGGGUUACAAUUAUUGGCCUGAUCAUCCACCGAUGUACUUGGGUGUACAUAUUGGCUGAUAUGACUUGCGGAGUGUGGAGUAUCCCUUUGCUACUAUAUGAAUCUACACUAGUUAAGACCAUUGUGUCAUAUCUCCCUUUGAGAUCAUUAUAUGUGGUCUUACCUAUUUACUGGCACUCGUGUUAUUUCAGCGGCCGAAUGCAAUUCUCAGGACUCUAGUCUACUUUGUAACUUGUUGGUUCAUUUCACAUGCCAGCAUGUGAAAUGAAUUCAGUUAUCAGGGCUCUACUUUACUUUGUACCUUGUUGGUGCAUUUCUCAAACCAGCAUGUGAAAUAAAAUGUGAACUCAAUAAUUCCACAA